AUGGGGCCAAAGAAUGAUACACAGAUUUCACAAUUUCUUCUUCUGGGAAUUUCAGAGGACCCAAGGUUGCAGCCUGUCCUCUUUGGACUGUUUCUGGCCAUGUACUUGGUCACAGUGCUUGGGAACCUGCUCAUAAUCAUGAUCACUAUCUCUGACUCUCACCUGCACACACCCAUGUACUUCUUCCUCUCCAACUUGUCAUUUGUGGACAUCUGUUUCACCUCCACCACUGUACCAAAGAUGCUAGUGAACCUCCAGUCACAUUGUAAGUUCAUAGUGUAUAAAGACUGCAUCACCCAAAUGCUAUCCUUCAUAUUCUUUUCAGGAUUGGACAUCUUUUUGCUUACCAUAAUGGCUUAUGACCGAUAUGUGGCCAUUUGUCAUCCCUUGCAUUACACAGUCAUCAUGAAUCCAAGACUCUGUGUGUUAAUGGUUCUGGUGUCCUGGAUAGCAAAUGCCCUGCAUGUCUCAUCAGAAGGCUUCAUGGUGCUACAGUUAUCUUUCUGCACAGAGUUGAAAAUUUAUCACUUUUUCUGUGAGCUGAAUCAGGUGUUGCAACUCACCUGUUCUGAAAACUUUGUUACUGUUCUUGCCAUGUAUCUUUUACCUGUGUUGAUGGCUGCUGGAUCCUUCAUAGCCAUCCUCUACUCUUACUACAAAAUAAUUUCCUGCAUACAUGCUAUCUCAUCAGCUCAAGGGAAGUACAAAGCAUUUUCCACAUGUGCAUCUCACCUCUCAGUUGUCUCUUUAUUUUAUUGCACAGGAAUAGGUCUAUAUCUGAGUUCUGUUGUAACAGAAAACUCACAGUCAACUGCAAGAGCUUCAGUUUUAUACAGUGUGGUCACUCCUAUGCUUAACCCCUUCAUCUAUUGUCUGAGGAAUAAAGACAUUAAAAAAGCUGUGAAAAAAGUUUUUGUGAUAGAGUCAAUUUUAUACUUGUUGGGCCUCAAGAAAUCCCCAUGACUGCUGGAUUCAGAGCAUCAUGUCAGAUCUGAGAUGCA